UACGUUCUUGUUCGUCCUUUCCAGAAAAAAUGGCAGCUGUUGACAUGGACGUGCCGGUGGAGCCAGAGUCCCAUAUUCCCAUGGAGGAAGACCUGGAGCGUCAAGCUGAAUGCUUCAAAGAGCAAGGAAAUGCACUCUACAGCAGGAAAGACUACUCUGAGGCUUUCAACUACUAUACCAAAGCCAUUGAUGCUUGCCCCAGAAAUGCAAGUUAUUAUGGCAACAGAGCGGCCACCCUCAUGAUGCUCUUCCGUUUUCGAGAGGCCCUCGAAGAUUCCCAGCAGGCUGUACGACUGGAUGACUGCUUCAUGAAGGGUCAUCUACGUGAGGGAAAGUGUCACCUGUCGUUGGGAAAUGCCAUGGCAGCCAGUCGCUGCUUUCAGAAGGUUCUAGAGUUGGAGCCCAGCAACAGAGAGGCCCAUCAGGAGAAUAAGAACGCAGGGACUCUCCUCGAGUAUGAGCGAAUGGCUGAGUUUGGCUUUGAGAAGGGGGAUUUCAGAAAGGUGGUGUACUGUAUGGAUCGGGCUUUAGCUAUGGCUACUGCCUGCCACCGCUUCAAAAUCUUCAAGGCUGAGUGUCUGGCUCUGCUAGGACGCUAUCCAGAAGCUCAGUCUGUAGCAAGUGACAUCCUGCGAAUGGAUUCAACGAACGCAGACGCACUAUACGUUCGAGGUCUAUGUCUUUACUAUGAGGACUGCAUUGACAAAGCUGUACAGUUCUUCAUCCAGGCUCUGCGGAUGGCACCUGAUCAUGAGAAGGCCCGGCUUGCCUGCAAGAAUGCCAAAGCACUGAAAGCCAAGAAGGAAGAAGGCAAUCAGGCAUUCAAGAACUACAACUAUGACGCUGCGUACCAGCUGUAUACUGAGGCCCUGGCGAUAGACCCCAACAAUAUCAAGACAAAUGCUAAACUGUACUCCAACAGAGCCACAGCAGGGACAAAGCUGAAGAAACUAAAUCAAGCUAUUGAAGACUGCACCAGUGCGAUCAAACUCGAUGACACAUACAUCAAGGCCUACUUAAGAAGAGCUCAGUGUUACAUGAACACAGAGCAGUAUGAUGAAGCUGUCCGUGACUAUGAAAAAGUUUACCAAACAGAAAAAACGUCAGAGCAUAAGCAUCUACUGAAGACAGCACAGCUGGAGCUGAAAAAGAGCAAGAGGAAAGAUUACUACAAGGUACUCGGGGUCGGCAAGAACGCCACAGAGGACGAGCUCAAAAAGGCUUAUCGCAAACGAGCCCUUAUGCACCACCCAGACCGCCACAGUUCAGCGACUCCAGAGGUUCAAAAGGAGGAGGAAAAGAAAUUCAAGGAGGUCGGUGAAGCCUUCACUGUGCUCUCCGACCCAAAGAAGAAGGUCCGCUAUGACAGUGGACACGACCUGGAUGAAGACAACAGCUUUGAUGGUGGAGAUUUUGAUGCAAACAAUAUCUUCAGAGCUUUCUUUGGGGGCCAUGGUGGAGGCUUUAGUUAUGAUAACAAUCAAGACUCUGGACCUGGAAAUUUCUUCUUCCAGUUUGGCUAAAGUUAAAGCAGCAUGUGGGAAGAUGCAGCCUGGCUGAGGACAAAACCAAUUUGGACCAGGUCACCCUGUGAUGCUCUUACUCCUGAGUGUCACUGUUUUAAGAGUUUUCUGAUUAUUGCAUUCACUUCUUAAUUGACUCGUUACAUUGACGUUAACAUCCAUAGGGAAGGAUAAUUCAGAGACUCUAGAUGUGAAUUAAGACUGACAAUAAAUAAGUACAAAAGAAACCUUUAGAGGAAAUUUGGGUCAUCUGAUUCAGAGCAUGUCACUAUUGCCAAAAUCGCAUUUAGUAAAAUGUAAUCAUGUGAAUCUGCCUCAACUUUCUUAAAGGUGAGUAGUAAUAAGGAAUGAUUUAAAUAUAAGGUUUUAGAUAACAUGACAUACAUUUUUAAGGUUCUACUGGGUCAGCAGGUCUGUACUGAGUCAAUGUACUGUAUGAAGUUAAAUAUCAAAAUUGACCUCAGGAAAGACUUAAGGACAUCACUGGUCUUGUGUGUCCGGGUUUUAUUGGCUCUUGCCAAAUGUAGAAUUGCCUCGCUGGGUUUUUUGUUUCUUCACCUCUUUUCCAUUCUGCAUUAUAACUUUGACUUGAAUGUAAAGCGAUUAAUGUCAGUUUCUUUUUCUUUAAUCUUCUCUCGACCUGUUUAUAUUUAUUGUAAUGUGAAUUCUAACCCAUAUGCAGCAGAAUGCCAUUGUCUCCCCCCUUUUGUAAGAGACGUGUAUAAAUGUUUUUAUAUCAUAAUCGUCUUUCUCAGAUUGUGCAAACCUUUUUUUUUUUUUUUUUUGAACAGUCCAAAAUCAGCACACACACACCCCUGCAGGUUGUCCUCUGUUCAAAGCACCAGUCACACGUGUUGUACUGCAAAUUCAAGUGGUGCCUUACCAGAUCAAUUAACCUCACAUAAACCUACAUGAGACACUGUUCAGACAACAUCCUAUUUGCAACAAGGUCAUAUUUGUACAGCACAUGUUUUUGGUUUUUUUCUUAUGUUUGUGGUCUUUCAUAGAAAAAGCAGUUUUUCUUUCCGUUUAGCUAAAUUUUGCUGGUAAAUUACUCAUCUUGCUAAAACUCGAAGGAAGUUGAUUUUCACGUUGCUGUCCUGGUUACACCCAGCUGACUUGCACCUACGCUCAUGCAUGUUCAGUCAGUGCAGCCCUUACCCUACUUGUUCCACCUGUUUAAAGGGAUGCUGAAAUUUGGUUGGGAGCUUCAGUUAAUUGUUUUGUCACUGAUCCAUGAAUCAUUUGUAAAAAACAGUAUUAAGAACACAUGCUUUUCUUAUUGCAUAAAUAAAGGCUCAUCUUUUACUGUA